CGUAUUUGACAACAACCCACCUUUUAAAGAAGGUUCUCUUUGAUGAGUGGACUGAAGUGCGGCCCUCAUAGGAAUCGUCUGCUGGGGAGUUGUUUUUCACCUGUUUUUGAACAUUUUCGCUGCACUAAACGUUGUUUUGAGUGAAAUUUUACAAAAGGCGAUAGGCUUGAUGCCGUCAGAGAUAGGGCCAGCAUAGGAGCAUCUCUAAAUUGGAUCACGCCAAAUCGACCAGCAAGCCUUGGUGCGAUUUAAUUGGAUGAUGGCAACUAAGAUGAGGCUGGCAGCGCACACAGAUCAGGAAAACUCCCAAUUACGUGACCAUCUUGAAUCCAGCUCAUUGGUUAAUCCCUCUUACAAUGCAAACAAGAUGUCACCAUCGGAUUCUUUAAAUGCUAACAGCACUCCGGAACUUUCUCGUUGUCAGGACUACGAACAACAAUUUAGUAAUUUAAACAUUGACCAAACAGCACGAAUUAUGGACUUAGCUGCGAAGAAAAACGGUAUUGUAAUUUCAAAUACAGGAAAAGUCCGUAAACCUUUUACACAUAAUGGACUAGUCAAGGCAGAGAGCAAAAACAUGAGUGACAGUGAGGAUGAAGGGCCAAAGAGAUUGACCGUCGCUGAUGAUAACAUUAUACGGGAACAAAACAAAAUUAAGGCAGAAGCGAUGUUUGCUGAUAUAGAAUUUAUAGAUGAUGGUGAUGAUGAUGAUGAAGAGGAGGAAGAUGAGGAGGAGGACGAUGACGAUGAUGAAAUUGACUGUGAAAUCAAGAAAGACGAUGAACCAGAGAACCCAACUAAGAAAGCUAAAAUAUUAGAAGAAGAGUCGAGAAAAGAAGUUGAGGAAAUUGAUGAAGAUGAAGAUGAUGAUGAUGAUGAGGAUGAGGAUGAUGAGGACAUCGGACCUGUGAGCGAGGAUGAGGCGGAGGAGUCUGACCGUUACUAUGGCAAAGACCCUGAUGCGGAUGUUUUAUCACCGGAAGAGAAGUUCUCCGGGUCAAAACUUUCAAGUUUCAUGGAUUAUUACGCUGCUCUUGAAUCGCAGAUUGUCGCUGAAGCUAAUCACAAUAUUGUGCGCAACGAUGAUUCAGACGAAAGCACUAGCGAUGAUUCGGAUGUUGAAAUUGAUACGGUCAACGAAGGUCUGUAUGAGCUCAUGACACAGACAACAUCGUUCGGCUCAGGACCGUCUACAAUGGAUGAAUCCAGCGAUACAGAAUCGACUUACGCCAUGUUGUAUAAAAGUUUCGGUCUGCGAUCUGAACAGGAGGGUCACGGUACAAAAGAUUUACUUUCGCCGGGAAGCAAUGGACGGGAUCAUGGAUAUUCAAGCGAAACGUCUAUUGAUGAUAAAUACUCACCGAUGAGACAAAGCAGUGUUGAGGGCGGUAAACCUGCACUUAGUUCCGUGGAAGAGAACGCUUUGUCUCCUUCGGUUGAGUUGGACCUAAUUCAAGGACUGCAGCGGUAUAAAAGUUUAGACGAGAAUGAAGGUCGCACGCCAUUUACAGAUUCUAGCUCCAAGCGGCCAACCUCACUUCCACCUGGCUGGGAGGAGUGUGCAGACUCCGAGAGGACAUACUACUGGCACGUACCUACAGGAAUCACACAAUGGAGCCCGCCCUCGCCAUCUGAUGAUUCAUCCGAACCCCUUGCUCCUAAGAAGCCAGCCCGUUUGCUUUCGCAGUCUUCAAUACCGAGUGGUGGAACGAACUCUGACCCGGAGCAGCAUAUUCGAGCUUUCCAAGAGUCUGCCCUAAGAUACGCUUCACUGAACGCCGGAGACGUAGACUCGGACCAGGAGCAUGAAGAAAAGAAAGUCGGACGUGAUCCAAUAAAAUUUCAUGUACGAUCACUGGGCUGGGUAGAAAUGAAUGACUCCGACCUGUCGCCAGGAAAGAGUAGUCUUGCGGUUAACAAUUGUAUCCGACAGCUCUCGUACCGUAAAAACGACAUCAGGGACAGUGCUGGAAUAUGGGGCGAGGGUAAAGACAUGAACAUGGUUUUAGAGGAUGAGCACUUGAAGUUGAUGGACACAGCAGACGACCAGUUACUGAACCAGCAACAUGUGUGUAGCAUUCGUGUCUGGGGUGUCGGCAGAGAUAAUGGCCGAGAAAGAGACUUUGCUUAUGUUGCUCGGGACAAACAGACGAAACGGUACAAAUGCCACGUUUUCCGCUGCGACAUCCCUGCCAAGGCCAUUGCUAGCGCCCUCCACGAGAUCUGCUCGCGUGUGAUGAAGGAUAGACAGAAGGGCAACACCAUUUCGAUGGUGACACCUUGUCAUGUGAUCCAGCAAAAACGGCUGUCGGCAGCAAGCCCUGACACCACGCCAACAAAAGUUGAUUUUCCAACACCUAAGGCCGAGCCAACCACAACAUUCAGAGCCCACUAUCUUGGAUGUACACCUGUAACGCAGCCUAGAGGUAUUGAGACAAUUAAUGAAGCUGUGAAUAAGCUGUAUCAUUUACCAGAGGAGGACUGGAUUCCAGUUAGGGUAGAAGUAGCCAUCUCCACCAUUACUAUUACCAAUAUAAAGACCAAAGAAAUCAUCUCUGAAAGCCGCAUACGUUUCUUAUCGUUCCUUGGAAUCGGGCCAAAUAUUCGGCAAUUUGGAUACAUCAUGUGUUCAGGGAAGAAUCAGUUCAGCUGCCACGUCCUAUGUUGUGAACAUUCCUCGGGAGGCCUAGCUAAAGCCAUAGAAGCUGCUUGCAAGUUGAGGUAUCAAAAAUGCUUGGAUGCUAGACCCACAGGACAGCAAAAUCAAUCAGAUUCAAAGGCAUGGGGUAGUGGAAUCCGGCAUUUCUUCAACCGGAUAGGAAGUUUUCGGAGAAAAAACCCACCCACUGCUGUAGAACCGACAGCCGUCUGAUGAUAAAUUCCAUGACCUUUUACUGACCUAUCCCAUAACUGACAGUCUGACCACCCCCACAUGCUUACCGUUAAUAGUAACAGCAGCAUCAGCAACAUAAUGUUUUUGGUCCACCCCAACAUGACCUGAGUUCACUAAACUGGAUGGAAAUUGACGCACAUCAGAGAGAAGUGUGCUAGAAAUUGAUCGCCCCCAAAUCCAGGCCUCCUUCCCAUAAUACCAUCACCAUUACGCUAUACGUUGUACUACAGUUUCAAGUAGAAAAAUGUACAUAGGACAGUUAGCCAUUUUCGGAUUUGAAGCUUUUGAGGAGUGGCAGCCAAUAUUGAUUUCAAAAAGCUUUGUAUUAAAAAAAAAACAAACUGAAAAAAAAAACACAUUCAAGCUGCUGAGUUUUAAUAUACAAGAAUGGCAAAAAAAAAAAAUAAGAAGAUACGUUGGAUAUAGAUGUAGAAACUAUAGUCACAAAUGUUCAUUCAAAAUGUGAUUUACUAUGAAAAACUGUUUUCUGUAUAAGAUUCUUGGAAUGUAAUGUCUGGUAGGUAUUGAAUACACUGGUUCUUUUUUCUGUGGUUUUAUCCGGUCGCUGUGCAAUUUCCUCGUAUUUAUGCACAAUUUUGUAACUUGUAAGGUGCUUAUAUCCCAUAAUAUCCUGUAAAAUUCGUGCUAGAAAAACACAACAGUCUCGAAAAAUGAACGGAAAAAAAUGUAAUGCCGUAAUUCAGUGUUGUGGUUUUUUUGUCACCUUGGUAAAAAAUGUAUUACAUGUCAUUGCAUUAAGCACUGUUCCUACAUAUUAUCGUGGUUCCUCAAUUUUAGACAAUGUUUACAAUCAUAUUACUAAUUUAUGCAUGUAUUUUGUACAUGCAUUGUGAUUGGUUGCACAUUAGCCAAUUGGUUAUACGAUGUAUAGGCUGAUGGUAUUUGUCAGUUCUCAUUGGUUGAUUUUUGACCAAAAAUGAACUAAAGCCAAAUCAUGGUUGUUGUAUCAUCUGAUAUUACAUUUCAUAUUCUUGCAUAAGGAACAUUGUAUUUUUACAUGAAUGUAUUAUCACACCUGUUUAUUAAUUAAUUGGCUAAUUUGCAUACAUGUGUAGUAUUCAUUUCCAUAAUGUGUAUCUAUACAGUGGUAAUGAACUGAUUAAUAUCUAUAAGAUAAAUUUGCAUACCGGUGUCUAUGUGAAUAACUUAACAUACAGGUAAACAUUUGCAUCAGUUAAGGGUGUUGGUUUCACUUCUAAAGUCUCCAGGUAGAUUUAAAUCAAUUACAUCACAAUAAUUCUGUAUAUACAUAAAAUGCAUACAGCUCAUUAAGCUGAUGAUCUACCUACAUACAUAAGUGGUUUUUUUUCUGUGUAAUUUGCAUACAAAUAUGCAAGUGGUAGGUAAUGAAUAUGUAUAAGAUUUCAUAAAUAUAAUUUUAGGAAAGAUUAAAGUACUCUUGGUGGAUACACUUAAAUUAUUUUAUUAGCCAAUCAGAAAGAUCAUCUGAAAAAACAAUACUCAUGUAUUUAGUAUUUGUGCUAUUUAUUUUAAUGUUUUAAAAACAUAAUUAUUGCAAUAAUUAUUUUAAUGUCACUUUACGAAAUUAUGAUUUCUGUUUUUUUAUGGAAUAAUUUUUCCUAUAUUUUUGUAACUUAUGAGUUAAUUGUGUUUUUCCUAACAAUGAUUUUCUAAGUUUAUUUUUCAUGUGCUUCCAUUAUUUUAGUUUUUAAUGCUACUCAUAAAAUAUGCAGUUAUGUAAAUUCAUAUUCAUAUCAAAUCUAAAUAUUACAUAUGACUUAAAAGUGGAUAAUGUAUCAAUCUGUAACAAUGUCUAUACCAAAAUAUAGAAAGAUAGAAACUUAAUUUUAAUAUAGAGUUUAGACUGAUAAAUUAUUAUAAAUAUUAACCUAAAAAAAUUUGUUAAAUUAUUUUUUUCUGGAAUGAUAUUAGCAGCACUAGUUGUAUUAUAUUAUAUUGGUCUCAGAGUAUUCAUUCGGAAUGAUGUCCAUGAGGCAUUAGGCAGAGGUUGUCAUAUCAGUUAUGAUGCCUUGCCAAUGAUAUUGCCAUGCCAACAAUUUUGCAAUGUCGGUCAUGUUGCCAGGUCAACCAAUGUUGCAAUGCCUACUAUGUUGCCAUGACAACAUUUUGCAUUGUCAAACAUCUUGCCAUGCCAACAAAUAGGACACAUGUUGUCUAGUCAGUGGUGUUGCCAACCAUAACAUAGUUUUCAUGUUGAUUGCCACGGCAACAAUGUUGCCAUGCUUUUCCAUAUUGAUUGCCAUGGCAACAAUCUUGCCAUGCUUUAUGUUUGCAAUAUCAUGUUGCCAAGCCAUCAAUAAUUAUUAAAAUAUCAACCAUGUUGCUAAGUCACUUUGUUGCUACGUCAACUGUAUUGCCUUGUCGACGGUUGUGCCAGGUCAUUGUUUUUGCUAUAUCAGUGGUGUUGCCAUGCCAAUAAUAUACCAAGAUGAAAUGUUUCUUUAAUAUAGAAUACAAAUAUGAAACAUAGUCAAAGUACUUAUACAAAAUUAUUAAAAUCAAUAUUUUAGGAUAUAUAUGUUCUUGUUACUUUAGAAAUAUUAGGUAAUGAAUCAUUUGAACAUAUUCAUUUUUUUUAGAUUUAAGUUUGUAUUCAUUUUCGGCAAUGAAUGUUAAAAGCCACUGUACUAUUGCCAAAUUAUUUUUAUACAAAAUGUAUGACAAAGUUGUAACAGUUAUAGUAAUAUCUUCUCUAAGUUGUUUAUAAUUGUAAUAUAUGUCAGUUUAACAGUGAGAUGUAUAGACCAGUAUGUUCUACUUCAGUACAAACAUGUUUUCAUUUCUGAUUUUAUCUAUUGAUAACCUGUUUUCAGUUAACUUUUUUUCUUUUCAUUUUGGCUAUACUGUACUGUACUUAAGAUGAGUUGGCUCGCUUAUGAUUGUUGUUGUUGAUGGAAUCGGGACCGAUUCUAAAUAUUUUAAGCACCUCUUUUGCAUUUUAGACAUAAUUCUGUUAAAGAAUUAGUCAUUGGACAAAUGUUUAGCUUGACCAUACUAUCAAAUUUUAUGUGACAAAUAAAUAGGAUAUGCAAUUAUUUGGGUAUAUGACAUUAUCAUGCCCAUAUAUGGCACAUUAUGUCCAUAUAUGGGCACUGCCAUAUAUGGGCACAUCACACAUAAAAUGUGAUAGUGUGAAUAAAGCUUUACAUUAUAUUCCAGUUUUAAUAAGCAGCUGAUGCCCAUCAUAUUGAAUUUGUUGAUUUUUUUUCUUCUCACUUCUAAUGUUGUAACUAUUUUUUAAUGAACCAGUAUUUUGUCUUGAAAAUAAUAGUCAAAUAUUCAACUAAGUAUUGAUGGAGUAAAAAAAGGACUAGUGAUUUUAAAAUUAUAAAUUUCUUUUAGUGUGUCUACUUUUGUAUAGAGUACAAAGGAAUGAAAUAAUGACAAAGAUGAUAUUUUAAUGUUUGUUGGACAGGUCAAAUAAUAAUGAAGUAGAUAUUUAAAAUAGAGGAACAUUAAUGAGGUCAUUGGCCUUAAUGAUCAUGUAAUUUUCCUCAUUUAUCCCACAAGUUAACAUGUUUAAAGAGACCAAAUUUUAUCACUUUAAAUAGAAAUGUUAGUAUAUUCUCUAACUGAGGUUUUCUUCAUUUCUAUUGCAUGAAUAAUUAUAAAUAUUUUCAUCAACAAUAUGAUCAGUUUUUUUUUUUGUUGUAAAAACUGCAUAACAAAUGUUGGGUGGAUAUUGGUCUGACAUAGAGGGCACUAUACCAUUUUUAUUAUGACAAGCAGCAACACAGGGAUAUUUUUAAAUGUUUUAUUCACUAUCAUAAAUUAUAUUGUAAAUUGUUGUAUCCUAAAGCUCAUAUGUAUUGUAAAGUUAUGAAAAAUACUAUUAUGUAUGUGUUUGUGUAUAAUGUAGAUAUAAAUUAAUUAAAUCAGUUAUAUGGUCGGCAAAGAAAA